AUGCCUUACAACAAUACCCCCAUAGCUCCUCCUAAGGAGUGUACCGGGACCGUGAACAUGCCAUUAACGCGAGUGAAGAAGAUCAUCCACGCGGACGAGGACACCCAAAAAUGCUCGAAUAAUGCCGCCUUCGGCAUCGCCGUUGCGACCGAGAUGUUUGUCCAAUACCUUUCCGAGAAAGCAUACGACUUCGCCAAAGCGGAGAAGAAACCGAGAAGGCACAUCCAAUACCGUGAUGUUGCCAACGCGAUUGCGCGAAUAGACAACCUGGAGUUCUUGGUGGACGUGGCCCCUCGAACUGUGACAUACAAGCAAUUCAAGACCGUCGAAGCG